AUGGUAUUCACUCCUAGUCCCCAGUUGAUCGAGCAGCUUCAAGAAAUCGUCGGGGAACUGACCACACCAGACGAAGGUGAAAAGUAUGGUGCAAUUCCCGCAGCCAUCGUUGGUCUCACCAACAGCGACAAGACUGUCUUUUUGAAUGGUGGAGGUGUCAGGAGCAUAAAAGACGAAGAGUCUGUACAGCUCGAAGACCAAAUGUCAUUAUACUCGUGUACAAAGUCAAUGACUGCUCUUGCUGCUUUGAAGUUGUACGAGGACGGCAAACUCAAACUUGAUGAACCAGCAAGCACCUACUUGCCGUUGGUGGAACAUAUUGGCCUCAUUGACCCAGGCACAGUCAAUAAGCAAGGCGAAUUCACCCAGCAGCCCAGAAAACCCAAGUCUCCUGUCAAGGUCCGUGACUUGUUCUUGCACACCUCGGGGUUGUCGUACAAUUUCUUAUCAAAAGACUACUACUAUUUGUCCAAGAAGGACAAGGGGGAAACCAUGUUGAACCCCAGCGAAAAGUACUUUACCAACGACAAGAUCCCUCUUAUUUACGAGCCAGGAUCCAAGUGGCUGUAUGGACACAGCACUGAUGUGUUGGGGUUGGUAGUGUCGUAUGUCGCUGGCAAGCCAUUGGGAGAGUACUUGAAGGAGGUCUUGUUUGACCCAAUUGGGAUGACUUCAACCACCUUCCACUUGAAGUCCACUGAUAACGUUCUCAAACCUCAUUUCCGCCGCAAGGACCUGUCGAUUAUCGCUAGUUCCGCGAGCUUGAACCUUGACCCCAAGCUUGAUAUGGGUGGUCAGGGAGCCAUUGGAACUGUUUCCGACUACUUGAGAUUCCUCAGAGUAUGGUUGAACUAUGGUUAUUCUCCCGACACAAACACCAGGGUGUUGAAAGAGGAAACCGUGAAAUUUGCUGUCAAGAACCACCUUCCUCCUGGAGUCAAGGUAGCGUUUGAUAUUCCCAAGGCUCCAAAAAUUGACGAUGGCUUUUCUUUAACGGGGAAUGCUGUCAAUGAAAGGCCCAUGUUCACUGGUAGACCUGCUGGAAGUCUCUACUGGGGAGGGUUGGCCAAUUUGUACUACUGGAUCGAUUUAGAAAAUGGCAUUGCGGGAUUUUGGGCCUCUCAGAUUCUUCCACCUGCUGACCCAAUCACUGCAAGCACAUACUUCAGAUGGGAGGCUAGUGUCUACAGCGAAAUCAAGAGUUUGAAGAAGAAGGGUAAGUUGUGA